GCGCUGGUCAGCUGUCAAAAUCUUAGAGGAGUUGAAACGCUGUGUAUCGGCUGGCACCCCUGGCUUGCGGCCACGACAACGUCUCAGUUAAGGCUACCGCUAUAAAGCAUGGUCUUAUAAGAACUUCUACACCGUGAAGAUACUGAUAUUUUUUAUGCUUGGUGAUCUUCUUUUUCUAUUUAGUUGAAAAAGAAGCCUUCUUCUCGUCCAAGGAUACUAUUUAUUACUUACUCUUAAAGAGAAAUGAGAUGCUAGUGACGCGGAGGUAGCUCUAACUUAGCCAAAUUGUGAAGUGUGGUCGACCAGAAGCCUUUGCGAAGUGGAGCGCAACCAAAUGGAGUGAUGCGGAUGCAGAGUUUGAUCUAAAAGAGGCCUUGGCGGAACGUCCGUGUCUAGAGGACGCUCUGUUUGUCUUUGACGAACAAUCACCGAUCUUAGAGGACAGGGAAGCCGAGUUACAGGCUGCACAGGAGGAACACAGCACGUAUAAUGUGACAAGAGGCUUCAACACUCCUGGGACUCGAGGAGUCGCUGGACUUGCUGGAUCUACUAACGAAAGCGUUGAACGAUAUGGAGAAUGUGGAGAGAGAGA